AUGUCUGAUGAUGGUGAAGAAAUUAACUGUCUCCUAGAUGAGACUCGUCUUCUCAUGGUGGAUGGAAAGCUUACUGAAUUCAAGGUUCACUUGAAAUUAGGUUAUCUGGCGAAUAUUAUUGAAAAUUAUCACACUGUCAACGUUUCUUGUCGUUACCGCAUUUAUGAAAGUUACUUCGAAAUGUCUGGUAUCGUCAAAGAAAUGCAGAAUGCUGCACAACCUAUUAUUCAAGCUGCGAUGUAUUCCAACAUCAAAACUGAGCUGCGCAUGUGGAUGUUACCUGACAACGCCGAAGCAAUCUUGAACUAUGUGAAGAAUGCUAUGGAGGUGUUCAAGACUGAUUUGAUGGAAGCAGCUGUAGUGAUGGAAGGACGUGGUGCGAAGCUAAGAGAACUGAAGCAAAGUUUGACUGAUAUAUAUCCUCCUUAUAAUUGA